AUGAAGUAUUUAUCACAGCUGUUGUGUGGUGGUGAAGAAUAUGCAAAGAUGCAUGAGAUGGCAUCUGGACUGAAGGCCAACAUAAAAAGACAGUUGCUUGACCGAAAUGUCUCUAACUUUAGCAUGAAACCUGUCAACUCUAAAAUGAACUUACUUGUUAUCAUGAACCUUGUCAAUGUAUCAAAUGGGAAAUCUCUUCAUGUUCCAUAUCAUGAUUCAAAGUUCUACAGUGGAGAAUGUUACAUCUUCCAGUAUACAUAUCCUGGUGAAGAUCAAGAGGAAUAUCUUAUAGGGACAUGGUUUGGAAAACAAAGUGUCGAGGAAGAUCAACAUUCAGCUGGCUCACAGGAAAACAAGAUGAUUGAGUCACUCAAGUUUAUGGCUGCUCAGUUGCAAAUUUACGAAGGAAGAGAACCUGUUCUUUUAUUUGCGAUCUUUCAGAGCUUUCUUGUUUUUAAGGGGGGUUUAAGUGGUGGAUACAAGAAUUCUAUCUUAGAGAAGGAACUUUCGGAUGAAACUUAUAAAGAAGAUGGGGUUGCACUAUUUAGAGUUCAAGGGUAUGGACCAGAAAACAUGCAAGCAAUCCAAGUUGAACCUGAGAACCUCUUUUAUACAGUUCCACCUGACGCGAUUGAGGCCUACAGAAAAUCAAUUGAAUCUCAUUUGCUUCGGUUUGAGGCACUUGUUGUGUUGGUUCAUGAUAUGGGUCCAAACUGGGAGCUUAUAAGUGAUGUCAUUAACAGCACUUUGCAAUUCAAGUUAUUCAUUGAUUGGCUGCUUGACCUUAGUACCCUUGAUCCGGUUUUUGAAGGUGCAAACUUUCAGGUUCUGACAGCUCUAGCAACCUCCUUCCAUGCCCUGCAGCCUCUCAAAGUUCCUGCAUUCAGGUUAUUCUCUUAGAAAGGAAAUUGUCAAAGGAGAUUGUCAAAGGAGAAUUUAGUCAUGG